AUGAUCUCUCAACCGUUGAGUUUUCCGAACGUAACCAUUGUGAACGCGACCUGCGUGAUUGCUACGAGCGCCAAGUGGAAUCUAUUGUUAAAGGUGGUGGAAGAAAAAGGAGGGGAGAAGGAAGUGGUGGCGACAACGGCGGCGGACGUGGUGAAUCUUGGUGGAGGUGGUGGAGGAGAAGAAGAAGAAGAGGAAGAAGAAGAAGGAGGUGGUGGAGGAGGAAGAAGCGACAGCAGCGGUGGCGGUGACAGAAGAAGAAGAGGAGGAGGAGGUGGUGGUGGAGGAGGAGGUGGUGGAGGUGGUGGAGGUGGAGGUGGAGGUGGUGGAAGAAAAAAGGAGGUGGUGGAGAUGCAUGUGGAAUAA